CGGAGUUAACUAAAUCUAGGGUCCCCGAAAGUCGGUGCCCUGCCUUCCAAUUUCGCGCCAAGAAGAGUAGUAUUGUUGUGGAAGGUGAGCCCCAUCAGCACCGGGCGUCCAAGCUCGCGAUGCCCCCUCCUACGGUCAGCAGUAAAGCUCGGGUCUACACCGAUGUCAACACGCAGAAGACCAGGGACUACUGGGACUACGAUGCACACGUGCCAAGCUGGAGUAAUCAGGACAACUACCAGUUGGUGCGUAAGCUGGGCCGAGGGAAAUACAGCGAGGUGUUUGAAGCCGUCAACGUCAGUAACAAUGAGAAAGUGGUGGUUAAAAUCCUCAAGCCUGUCAAGAAGAAGAAGAUCAAGCGAGAGAUUAAGAUCCUGGAGAACUUGCGUGGUGGAACCAACAUCAUCCGCCUGGUGGACACAGUGAAGGAUCCUGUGUCUAGAACGCCGGCCCUUGUCUUUGAGUGCAUCAAUAACACAGAUUUUAAGGAACUUUACCAGAAGUUAACAGACUUUGAUAUUCGUUUCUAUGUGUACGAGCUUCUCAAGGCUCUGGACUACUGCCAUAGCAUGGGGAUCAUGCACAGGGACGUCAAACCACACAACGUCAUGAUCGACCACCAGACGAGAAAGCUGCGUCUCAUAGACUGGGGUCUGGCUGAGUUCUACCACCCAGCUCAGGAAUACAACGUCAGGGUGGCCUCCCGUUAUUUUAAAGGACCUAUCAGGAGCUGCUAGUGGACUAUCAGGUA